CGAACCUGCAUCUAAAUAUCUUCUCUUUUUUGGGUCAAGGCAUCCAACAUCUUCUUAUCUCUCAUAAUCUCAACCCAAGCACAGUAAUUCACUACUCCCUCUCUGGAUCCCUCUCUCUAAGUGUAAGCUCUUCCACCACAAAGUUUUAAGGUUGUAAAAAUGAGUUUGUGGUAUAUCGUUGUUGCUCUCGUUUUCUUUGCAUUCAUACUCAUUGCAAAGAACACGAGGAAGACAAAGAAGAAUCUACCUCCUGGACCACCAGGAGUUCCCAUAAUUGGCAACUUGCACCAAUUGGGAUCGCAUCCUCAUCGUUCCUUGCUCAAACUAUCCCAAAAGUACGGCCCUCUAAUGUCCCUGAAGUUUGGAAGUGUGUAUACUGUUGUGGCAUCAACACCAGAGACUGUUAAGGACGUCUUGAAAACAUUCGAUGUAGAUUGUUGCUCACGACCUUAUUUGACGUAUCCUGCAAGAAUCACAUACAACCUAAAGGAUCUCAGCUUUUCUCCUUACGACAAAUAUUGGAGGGAAGUACGAAAGAUGACAGUUGUUGAACUCUACACAGCAAAAAGGGUGCAAGCUUUUCGACACGUAAGGGAAGAAGAAGUGUCAUCCUUUGUGGAUUUCAUCAAGCAGUCUGCUUCACUAGUGAAUCCAGUUAACUUCAACAAGAAGUUACUGGAACUGUCUGGAAGUGUGAUAUGCAAAGUUGGUUUUGGGAUCAAGCUUAAAGGGAGUAAACUUGAGAAAACCUAUGACCAAGUCAUUGUACAAGCAUUUCAGGUGUUGGGGAGUUUUGCAGCAGCAGAUUACUUCCCCUUUUUUGGUAGAAUCAUCGAUAGGAUCACCGGGUUACAUGGCAAAUGCGAGAGAGUUUUCAAGACAUUAGAUUCAUUUUUUGAUCAAGCUAUAAAGCAUCACCUUGAUGAUGAGAGCAUUAAGGAUGAUAUCGUUGAAUUGCUCCUCAAGAUGGAAAGGGGAGAGGUUGGACUUGGAGAGUAUCAACUUACUCGAAACCACACCAAAGGAAUUCUUCUAAAUAUACUUAUUGCUGGAAUAGACACUUCUGCCCAAACUGUGACAUGGGUGAUGACACAUUUGAUUACAAACCCGAGAGUUAUGAAGAAAGUGCAAGCAGAAGUGAGAGAAGUGAUCCAAAGCAAAGACAACAUCUCAGAAGAUGAUAUAAAACAACUCGAAUAUCUCAAACUGGUGAUCAAAGAAACAUUUAGGAUAACACCCCUAGUGCCAAUUCUAAUUCCAAGAGAGGCUUCAAAAGAUUUAAAAAUCGGAGGUUAUGACAUUCCAAAGAAAACAUGGAUCCGUGCCAACAUAUGGGCCGUUCACAUGAAUCCGAGCGUAUGGAAAGAUCCAGAAGCAUUCAUCCCCGAGAGGUUCAUGGAUAAUGAGAUUGACUAUAGAGGUCUAAACUUUGAGUUGUUGCCGUUUAGUAGCGGAAGGAGAAUGUGCCCUGGUAUGGAUAUGGGUUUGGCUUUGGUGCACUUGACCCUGAUCAAUCUUCUUUACCGUUUCGAUUGGAAGCUUCCAGAUGGAAUGAAAGCUGAAGAUGUUGACCUUGGAGAAUCAUAUGGACUUGUCUGUCCUAAGAAAACUCCACUUGAACUUAUCCCGGUCCUUACCCAGUGGACUUGAUCACUUCACUUUGCUUUAUAAACAAGGUAACAUUCCGCGCUGCGUUGUUACUUGUGAGCCAAGAUAAUAAAUCCUUAAAUAAAUGUAUUUA